CUUCAGGGUUUUUGACUGCCACAGAGAUUAGGGUUCCGAUAGCGCGAGCACUCGAGGAGUAGCGGAAGAGCGCGGCGAUGGAUGCCAACGGCGUUGUGGCCGUCUAUGGCAAUGGCGCCAUCGCGGAGCCCAAGAAGGCGUCCUACGCCGUCAAGGUCGGCCUGGCGCAGAUGCUGCGCGGCGGCGUGAUCAUGGACGUGGUGAACGCCGAGCAGGCCCGGAUCGCGGAGGAGGCCGGCGCCGUGGCGGUGAUGGCGCUGGAGCGCGUCCCGGCGGACAUCCGCGCCGAGGGAGGCGUGGCCCGGAUGAGCGACCCGGGCAUGAUCAAGGAGAUAAAGAAGGCGGUGACGAUCCCGGUGAUGGCCAAGGCGCGCAUCGGCCACUUCGUGGAGGGCCAGGUGCUGGAGUCGAUCGGCGUGGACUUCGUGGACGAGAGCGAGGUCCUCACGCCCGCGGACGACGCCAACCACAUCAACAAGCACAACUUCCACGUCCCCUUCGUGUGUGGCUGCCGCAACCUGGGCGAGGCGCUGCGCCGGAUCACCGAGGGCGCCGCCAUGAUCCGGACCAAGGGCGAGGCGGGCACCGGCAACAUCAUCGAGGCGGUGCGCCACGUCCGAUCGCUCAUGGGCGACAUCCGGCGGCUGCGCAGCCUGGACGAGGACGAGGUCUUCAGCUUCGCCAAGGAGAUUGGCGCUCCUUACGAGCUGGUGAGGCAGACCAAGCAGCUGGGGCGGCUCCCGGUGGUGAACUUCGCGGCGGGCGGGGUGGCGACGCCCGCGGACGCGGCGCUGAUGAUGCAGCUGGGAUGCGAUGGAGUGUUCGUGGGGUCGGGGAUCUUCAAGAGUGGGAACCCGGCGGCGCGAGCUCGAGCGAUUGUCACGGCGGUGACACACUACAAUGAUCCGCACGUAGUGGCGGAGGUGAGCUGCGGGCUCGGCGAGGCCAUGGUGGGGAUCAAUCUCAACGAUGCCAAGGUGGAGCGCUAUGCGGCGAGAUCGGAGUAGAGGCCAAAGAGAGAGAGAGAGAGACGUGUAGUGGCCAAAGAGAGAAUGAAGAAACCAUGUCCAAGUAGCGAUAUAUCGAAAAAGUGUCGACCUAAAAGGGGUGUACCAAGUAAAUAAAAGUAAAAGCGAAUCUAUAAUACGAUUUA